GCCGGAUGUGAACGCCAACCACAUUUUAAACUUCCGGUAUGAUGGCAGUGCAAUGUUGGGCUGUAUGAUAAAGGCAGCGAACUAAUCAGCAUUAUUUCUCCCUUGAAUUUCCAGUCUGUGACCUAAACGUAAAAUGGCCGCUGCGCUCUCCUGCCCCUCGCUGCGCCUCAUCGUCCCCCCUCUUCGUCUGCUGACGGCGGCAAUGUGGCAGGUGGUGCGGCAGAAGAGCGUCAAGGAUUACGGGAUUCUGGAAGACUUUGUGUCUCUGAUGACGGAGGCGGUUCCCCAGUUGCUGACGGAAAAACAGAGGAGCCUGCUGCUGCUUGCGCUCAGGGCCCAGGUGAGCCUUUACGAUGCGGAACCGUACCAGGACAGGAUUCGCUCCAUCUCCGCGGCACCGCUCAAUGUAGGCACCCAGCUGCUCGACUGUGAUUCCGCCUUAUUGACUCUAAGUGAAAAAACCAGCCCGGUGGAUAGACGGGGCCUGUUGCAGGAUGUUUUCAACCACACCUUUGACGAGGCCCUCCAGACUCUUCUCUCCGACUUCCUGGCCCGACUGGAGCAGCUUUUUCCCGUCCCUGACUUCAAACAGGCUGCGUCGUUGCUCAGUGCUGCCCCCACUGGCCUGGCUGACUAUCUCAGUCUGCCUGACAGGGAGGACCUGAAAAUACUUCUGAGUCAUCCGAGCUGUCGGUUGGAUCAAGUCACUCCCGCAGUUGAUUGUGACAGUGAGACCAUCCUCCACUCUGUUUGGUCCCACCCUCUCCUCACAAAGCUGACCAAUCCUGAGCCUCCUCACCUCGGCGAACAAUCAGAUUCCCAUUCUGACACGGGGAGUCCCGCCCUGGAUGACAAUGUGGAGGAAACUGUGAUGAUGGAAGGUGAAGAAGUGGAAAGUGUGGCGAGCCAGACGCCAUCGCCGGCCGACCCCAAGUCGGACCUCAGCUCAGGCGCCGAUUCGGUCACUCUUCUGAACCCGGAGGCCGACGGAGCGAAAGACGCGAACCAAUCGGGACAUGCGUCAGAUCAGCCGUGCUCUGAUGCCAUCUACAGUAUUUCCCAACAUUCCCAGCGAGUGGCUCACAAAUGUCCACAGUGUGGGAAAUAUUUCAUCUACCGCUCUCACGUGCUGCGUCACCUGAGCACCAGCAAGUCGUGCGGCUCCACCUUAGCCAAAGCCGUCGCGGCGCGCCAGGCUGAAGCGCACGCCGACGACGAGGCGCCCCCCUCCUCGGAACGCCAGCACUGGCGAAGCACACUGCGCUUCGCCAGAAGCCACAUGUGUUUCCAGUGCGACGAUGUCUUCGACACCAAAGCCGAGCUGCUGUCGCACCAGCGCAGCCACCGCGCCCGGCCCGUUUUCCGAUGCGGCCGCUGCGACAAGGAGUUCCGUCACCUGUCCACUUUGACCAAUCACAAGCAGACGCACCGGGACGGCGGCGCUUACGUCUGCGGCCAGUGCGACAAAGACUUCGGGUCGGCCAACGAGAGGGACGCCCACCGCCUGCGUCACCGGCCGCCGGACCUCACCUGCACCGUGUGCUCCAAGACGUUCGGCUCCCAGACGCGGCUCUUGCGACAUCUUCAGACGCACACGGCCGAGGGCGCCGAGCUGUGCUACCGUUGCCGUUUCUGUGAGCAGACCUUCUCAGGCGUGACUCAGCUCCGUAUCCACCAGCGCUCUCACACGCCGCGCUCUUUACGCUGCGACAAGUGCGACAAGACCUACGCCACGCUCACCGGCCUCCAGUCCCACCGGGCCAGUCACAACCAAGACAGCCGCUUCCUGUGCCCUCAGUGCGGCAAAUGCUUCAAGACCCGCGACGGGCUGGAGGGCCACCUGAGGACGCACAGCGGCGAGCGGCCGUAUCGCUGCCCCCACUGCUCCAAGGAUUUCACCGCGCUGGCCGGCCUCAACGUGCACGUGCGGCAGCAUACGGGCGAGCGGCCGUACGUGUGCGCGCUUUGCGGCAAGGGAUGGCCGUCCGGGGGCGACCUGCAGAAGCACAUGAGGGUCCAUACGGGCGAGCGGCCGUACGCCUGCGAGGAAUGCGGCAAGUCCUUCGCCAACUCCGGCCACCUGAACGAACAUCGCCGCAUCCACACCGGCGAGAAGCCCUACGUCUGCCCCGAGUGCGGCAAAUGCCUACGGAGGAAGUUCGACUUGAAGAAACACUUGUUGUGUCACAGCAACAAUCGUCCACAUGCCUGCUCGUUGUGUCCCAAGAGCUACACGCGCAGGACUCACCUGAACAGACACCUGCUGACGCACGGGACGGCCGGCGGCGAAGCCACCGCACCCGACCGAGCUUGAGGUGAUUUUUGCCGCUUUCGCCGUCUUUUGAAUGCCAUGCGGCUUUUUCAUGAAUUCCUUCGUAAAUUGUAUGAUUUUAGUUGUGGCAUCAACAACUAUAUUCUUGUGUGGUGUUGCUAAACAAAGCUGCCACAUUGCAAUGAGAAAGAAUCCAUUCAUCACGCACAACUAUGCCACAAAUAAAAA